AUGACAACCAUUACUCGUCCGCGUGUUGUUCCCGCUCACCUAUCAUACCUAGCCAUCUACAAUCCUUCCCUUGGACCUACAGACGAGACCCUUGGAGACCAGAUACUAUUUUACUACUCAAAAGACCAUGACGCGCGAUCGGAGAAACGGCGUAGGGAGGGGCACAAUAACAAUAUAAAAGACCAUAGCGCAUCUGAAGGAGAACAGAGGCGUACUUCCACUGAAGAAGAGGAAGAAGAGCGUGAGAAAAAUGAACGGCUUCGACAAGUCGGCCUGGCUCAGGGAAUGGUGCAUUUUGUAAAGAACUUCUCAAGUGGUGUGCCUCUCGAGUCGAUUGAAUCUGAGAAAUCCCGCGUUGUAUUGAAAGAACUCGAACCACAAUGGUGGAUUCUUGCUUCUAUCGAGCUAACCCAAUUGCCAUCCAACGCUACGACCAACGCUUCCACGAUGCAACGUGCUGCAAGCUCGGGUAAGGAUCGAGGAGUUGGACAAAAGACAACCCCUCCAGAUGUGGUUGAGUACUCUUCGCGUGAGGUCGCUUCUCCACAACUACUACUCAGCCAAUUAACUCAAGCAUACCGAAUUUUUCUACUUCACCAUGCUUCCAGCUUGUCUGAACUCUGGAGAAAGCACUCAAGUAAUAGAGAGCACUUUUGCAAUCUGCUUGAUCGAUAUUGGACCAAGUUUAUAUGGAACUGGGACGUCUUAUUGCAUGGACACCCGGCUAUCGAGCUCUUUGAUGGCAUCAAACUCGCGGGUGGUGGCGAGCUUGGCAUUGGAGUCGGAGAAGAAGGAUGGGGCAGUGGUGAGCGUGAAGUGCUUGAGGACUUUGCGCAUCGGACCGAAGGACUCAUCGAUCUGGUGGUGGCACGUUAUGGCGAUGCACCAUCGACAGCGAUCGACCUCCAGUCCAGCAAAGAUCCGAAAGUAGCCAAAAGCUUCGGGGAGCCUGAGCCCUGGUUGGGAAAUGCUGAAAGUUCGAGGGCCCAGGAUGGUAUCAUUUUCUCCGGAAUUGGGGGUGUUUCGCGUAGAUCACUCGCUACCAUUUCACAGUGGAUGGAGUCAAUUUUUGUCCAUGGCGACAGUGCUUACGGAAUUGGGGAAAACCCUGCCUCUCGACCAAGACAUCGUAAGAAGACAAGGAGAACUCCUGAUCCAGGAGCACAAGCUCACCCUAGCCACGAAUCCGAACGCGUAAAGCGAUCGGAGCUCCGACUCAGAUCACCCCACGGUAAAGCGUCGAAGCUCCACAAAAGGGCAAUCGAAAACAAUGUCAACGCUCCUAGAAUUCCAGCCCCACUUGUUAGUGUUGUCGAAAACUCCUUGGAUAAUGCAGUUGCAGCAGCCGGUGCUCGAGCCUCAAGCAAGAGCCCUGAGCCCAAUCGGGGUCACAAUGACAGUAAAGAGGCCAAAGAUACUCAUGCAGAUGGUACACUUUUUGGCACGGACAAAAUGAUGAAGUACUUGAGCCUAGGUUAUGGUUCGAGCUGGACACUGAACCCUAAAGGUUUCGCUUCUGGCCACCUACCUGGCGAAGCGAAACCGACAUCUACAACAACUGGACCAGACGAAGAAGCUGGGCAAACGAAAACUGAAGACGAUCUCCACCACAUAGAUCCCACGCCUGAAGUCAGUGACGAAGAUGAAGUACCCUUUGUCCAGCGACUUGAGCAGUCUAUUGGCAGAUUCUUGAUUGGAUUAUCGGGUGAUCUGGAAAACACUGAAUUUGACCAUGAUGAAGGCGACACAUCGAGAACUACUGACAGUUUGGAAUCGAGUGCAAUCACAGCUCCAUCUUCUUCGCCAGGGACACGUACGCAUCGCCUUUUUCUUCGUACUUUGACCGUCGAAAUGUCUUCAGCACGAUUAAGUCAUCUCUCCGUUUCAAAAGCGCGAGGUCUUGUAGACACAAUACCUAGUUCCAAGGGGCAAGGAUACUCCCCUCAUGGUGAGGGUAAGACUAGUGCUGGAGCUUCUGUUGAUGGCAGUCAACCCAAUAUCACCCACGAGAAAGUUCAAAUCGCAGUAUAUGUCCAUCAGCCUUUCAUGUUCGUUUUUCUCUUCCAGCUGCGAACGCCCAACCUUACCAUGCCAGCCUUUUAUCGUUCAAUCCAUCACACCCUCGGACCAUUGCAGAAAAGUUUACUGCGAAGUACGGACUUGGCUGUAUGGCAAGAGCGAUUACAAGAAGCUUUGGGUCCUGGAUUGGAUUCAGAUGCUAUGGGUCUUGAAGAACAGAGAUCUAAAUCGACCGCACAAGCUUCGCCAGAGAUCUAUGAUUUUAUCUAUUACCCAUCAAAGUUAACGAUCCGCACCUCAAUCCCUAAUAUUCCAAUGCCAGGAAGCCUUGCAGCAGAGGGGUUACACCGUCAUCAGCUUUCACAGCGGCCCGUGACCGUCUCCGGGUCAUGGUAUACCCUGGGCAUACCAAUAGGGUCAUCUUCAGCCUCGGGAGCCUCAUCUCCCUCAAACGGAGGUGGCCUGAUCAAGCAUGACUGGACACGAGUUGACGCUCUCAAUACGUACACCCAUCUACUGAAUAUUUGGGUCGCAACCCGUUGUCGUGGCCCUGAACUUCAUGAGGCUGGAGCAGGACGAGAGGAGAUAGAGAGGAGCGUCAAAACCUCAAGAGGAUGGUGGGUGGCAUGGAUGCGUAUCAGUGCCCAGAAAGAACCCUCAGACAAGGCCAAGGAUACUAGCUCUAUGAAGAAUGCUCAAGAAACGGGCUCGGACAACUCCACAGAACAAGAGGUUAGGGAAGCGUUUCUCAUCCGGAGGUCUCAAGAGCCCACCUCGAAUAACAGAGAUGCAUCCGGAAGCCGAGGGGAUUCGAGGAACAUUAGCUCGUCAGGGAGGUGGCUACUUCGAGAGCAGCCACGUAGCCGUGAUUGCGAUCAAGACACGCCAUGUUCAAAUUGCCGCAAUACGAACAAAGACUGUGUUUACGACGCCUCUCAAGAUGGAAGACGAAAGGAAGUAAGGAAACGCCGCCUCGACGAGCUAGAGUUUCGCAGCAACGCCCUCGACCGACUUCUCCUGAAGCUGCGGAAUUCUUCGCACGCUGAAGCCCGCGAGCUCAUUGACCUGAUCAAACGAGAUGCGCCACUCGAGGAUAUCCUGGAGUUCAUCGAGAAGAAUCCUGGGGAACUUGCUGACAAAACCAAGAGAGCUUUGUCCGCAAGUCCCCCUCCACCCGAAGGGGCUGGCAUUCGUCGCAUGCUUGCUAUCAGUGAGCUCAUCGAUAUGCCACCCUUUCAAAUCGAGGCCGGUCCUUGGACAUCAGUGACCUCUGACAAUGCUCUGGUGUCACAUUUACUUUCCGCAUACUAUGGAUGGUACCAUUUCCACUAUCUAAAUUUCGACUGGGAUUUAUUCAUCGCGGCUCUCAAGGCCAAGGAUUUGAGCUCGCCGUAUUGCUCGCCAUUGCUGGUCAAUGCGGUACUAGGUAUGGGUUGUAUGUUUUCGGACCAUCCAUUAGCGCUUGCUGUCGCAGGAGACUCGGAAACGCGCGGUCAACACUUCUUCCACGAAGCACAAAGGCUUUACGAGCUCGAGACCGACCCCUUGACGCUCACUAACGUUCAAGGCUUCACUAUUCUGAUCAUGCUGGCAGCCUUUGCCGGCAAGGACAGGAUCAGCUCUGCCUCGUUGAAGAAGCUCGAGGUUAUGGUACCUGAAUUCCUUGCUCAAUAUGAUUCAUCCAAGGUCGAGCAGCCAAUCUCCCCGGAGUUGCAGAAAUCUCUCGAGAUCGUCGAAUGGGCAGCAUAUAUCUACCUCACUGGAUUUGGAAUCUCUUUCAUGGGCCCUCCAACAUGGUCGAAGCCGAGACUAAGAAGACCUUAUCAAUCCGAUGAAUGGAAGACUCACCUUACACCCUGGUCGCCAUAUCCUCUUAACCAAGAGCCAAUCAAUCUUCCCCAACAUAGUUUGUGUAACGCCCUUGCUCUUGCCUAUAGUUUUAUGGGCGACGUUCAGUCACUAUUGUUUGUCGAAUUUCCGAAGCUCAACGCAGUGCAAAAGUUCGAAGCCGCACAAGAACUCGACCGUCAAAACGGCGUGUGGUAUGAUUCUCUGCCCGCGGCACAUCGUUUCGACCAGCCGGACUUCAUCAUCGUUCCCGGCACUGUGGACUUGGCUUUGGCUAUCCUAUUUUCGCGUCUCUUUCUGUGGAAUUGGACGACUCCACCACCCAGUGUGGUGACGAAAGUGCCCGAGGAAACAGUCCGAUAUGAACCCGACGAGACUACGCGUGAAAUUUCUGAUGCCGAGAGAGUGCAAGCUGUCAGAAUUAAGACUCUAGCGACUUGUGCACAGAUUGUUGACACCAUCGUGUCACUCGGACGGAGAUUCGAUGAUCAAUAUGGACCAUCAUAUCACAGCAUGCUGACACCUCAAUCCAGCAUCUUUUGUGCGAAUUUUCUUCUUUCGGGGAAUUUAAACUCGGCACACGAGGAGGGACUUCUCCUGGAGAUCAUGAAAAUUCUUGUCCAGAGCUCAAAGCGCUGGCAGCUUGUGAAAGGCGUCACACAAAUGCUGCUCAAAGGUACGGAAGCCAAAGUCAAGGCCCAACCGUCGCCUCUUGAUGAGCGGGAUGAUGAUCAACCAAUUGUCCCAAGCGCAGGACAAUUAACGCAGGACGUCUUCGAGAGCAUGGAAUUGAUUGUCAGAGAUAUGGCGUGGAGUCCGUCUGACUAUCUGCAUUUCAGCUCUCGGUAUCCCAACUACUUAGUGGCGAAGGAGGAUCCAACAGUUGAGCUGAGUAAUAUGCUGGAGCAAUGGGCACAACUUGCGCUCGAUGAGAUCGCCUUGAGAGAAGCUGAGGGCAAUGAGGUGGAGCCGCCAGGCCAUGAAGUCUCCAAUGUCGACAAUGUUGCGCCAGAAGCCCCCCCAGUCCACAGCAUAGAGCACGACGAUGUCGCAAUGACCGAGGCAGAGGAGGUGGAGAAGACCGAUGCUCCUCACACACCGGCCGUACCAUCAACUGAGGACACCAAAGUGGACGAGAAAAACGACCUACCAACAAAUACAGGGACCGAGUCGUCUGCUCGGGACGAGUCAACACGGCAGAACAAUCAGGGAUUGACAGUUGACCAACCUACGGAGAGCGACGCAGCCGCGACAGGACACGAACAACCUGCGCAAACGUCGGAAGUCGAAGCAACCACAUCGACCACGCCGGCUCCUGAGGGACAUGAAAGCGCAAAUACCGUUGAAGUGAGCACGGCCGAGGCAGGUGCCGGCGAAGAAGCGACGACAGAGGAUCAGGUGAUAGCAGAAGAUGUAGCGAUGUUGCACGAUACUUCUGAAACGGCUGUCGAGCAGCCAGCGAAUGAGAAGAAGUCCGAUUGA